AUGCAAUCUCCUCUUCACUGUUGAAUAAUAUUUUGGGUAAAUAAUCUCGGUUUGGAGCAGUUGGAGUCGUUGAGGUUGUUCUGAACACCGACUCUCCAGAGCGGCUGUCUCUGUGAAACCUCUGCUAUGGAGCAGCCAGGGCCAACAGGGCAACCUGAGGCCCAGGCCAAACCUCAGAGCUCUGCGUCCUCUGACCAGGUGUCUGUCAGAAGUCUUCGACUUUUAUUUGAACUUCCUGCUGAUGGAAGCGGGGAUCGGCAGAGACUACCUCUGUCUCCAAGCAGCUGUGUUUCUAUGAGGGGUGACAGGUCAAUGGAUCCGAUCACUGUGUUUAAAGAAGGACUCCAGUCUAAACAUAAAAUCGGGGAUCGGCAGAGACCACCUCUGUCUCCAAGCAGCUGCGUUUCUAUGAGGAGUGACAGGUCAAUGGAUCCGAUCACUGUGUUUAAAGAAGGACUCCAGUCUAAACAUAAAAUUAGUAAUCAGAAGAGCCCAGAAUCGCCUCCAACCAGCUGUGUUUCCCUGAAGAGUGAUCGUUCCAUGGAUCCAAUAACCGUGUUCAAAGACAACGACCAGCAUGAACAUGAAGGAUCUAAACAGCAGAUGUUAAGAGGUGUUCCAUGCUCCCCUGAUCCUCAAACUGAACUGAACUCAAUAUUCAAGGCUCUAGAGGAAAACAUCAUCAGUUUUGUAAAGACAGAACUAAAGAAAUUCCAAAAUGUUAUUGGACCAGAUUACUAUGAAUGCUUAAGGUCCCGAGAAGAGAAUGAAGAGCUGCUGGAUGGAGAAGACGAUGAAGACCGAGGGGCAAUGAGUGGAGAGUCAUUUCUGAAGCUUACGCUUGACUUUCUGCAGAGAAUGAAACACAAGAAGCUGGCAGAUUAUCUACACGGCAGAGCUUCUGCAACAGAGUAUCAGAAAAAACACAAAUCGAACCUAAAGAAGAGAUUCCAGUGUGUCUUUGAAGGAAUUGCUAAAGGAGGAAACCCCACCUUAUUAAACCAGAUCUACACAGAGCUCCACAUUACAAAGGGAGGAACCGGGGAGGUUAAUGAAGAACACGAGGUCAGACAGAUCGAAACGACCUCCAGAAAGCUAGACUACCCUGAAACGAUCAGAAAGGAGGACAUCUUUAAGCCUCGUCAUGAAAAAGCUCAACCAAUCAGAACAGUUCUCACCAAAGGAGUCGCAGGCAUUGGGAAGACCUUCCUAACACAGAAGUUCACUCUGGACUGGGCUGAAGACAAAGCAAAUCAGGAUAUUCACUUUACUUUCCCAUUUACCUUCAGAGAACUCAAUCUGCUAAAAGACAAAAAAAUAAGUUUGGUGAAACUUAUUCAUCACUUCUUCCCAGAAAUCAAAGACAUCAGCAAUUUGGAUCAAUUUAAGGUUCUGUUGAUCUUUGAUGGUCUGGAUGAGAGUCGAUUUCCUCUGGACUUUCACAGCCAGGAUAUCAUGACGGAUGUUACGGAGUCUGCUUCAGUGGACAUUCUGCUGUUAAACCUGAUCAGGGGGAAGCUUCUUCCAUCCGCUCUAAUCUGGAUAACAUCAAGACCUUCAGCGGCCAAUCAGAUCCCUCCUCAGAAUGUGGAUUUGGUGACAGAAGUUAGAGGAUUCUCAGAUUCUCAAAAGGAGGAGUACUUUAGAAAGAGGUUUAAAGAUAAGAGGAAAGCCAACCUGAUCGUCUCCCACAUCAAAUCCUCACGUAGCCUUCACAUCAUGUGCUACAUCCCAGUUUUCUGCUGGAUCAAUGCUACAGUCUUAGAGGAUGUGCUAAAGGUAAGACAAGAAGCAGAGCUGCCCAAGACUUUGACCGAGAUGUACAUCCACUUCCUGGUGGUUCAGACCAAGAUUAAGAAGGUCAAGUAUGAUAAAGGCGUAGAAACGGAUCCACACUGGGGACCAGAGAGUAAGACAAUGAUCGAGUCUCUGGGCAAACUGGCUUUUGAUCAACUGCAGAAAGGAAACCUGAUUUUCUACGAAGCUGACCUGAGGGAUUGUGGCAUCGAUAUCACAGAAGCCUCAUUGUACUCUGGAGUGUUCACGGAAAUCUUUAAAGAGGAGAAAGGACUGUACCAGAGCAAGGUCUUCUGCUUCAUCCAUCUGACCGUUCAGGAGUUCCUGGCUGCUCUUUAUGUCCACCUGACCUUCGUUAACUCUGGACUUAAUCCGAUGAUGGAAAAACAAAAUACAUCAGAAAGAGGUGAACGCAGAGCUGCAGCAAUCCAACUUCACCAGCAUGCUAUCGACAAAGCUUUACAAUCUGCGAUUGGUCACCACGACAUGUUCCUUCGCUUUCUGUUAGGACUUUCUCAGCCAGAAAAUCAAAACCUCCUACUCGGCCUGCAGGCACAUAAACCGAGCAUCUCACAAAGCAACCAAGACACAAUCCAGUACAUCAAGAAGAAAAUCGUUAGUGAUAUUUCUGUUGAGAAAAGCAUCAAUCUGUUCCAAUGUCUGAAUGAGAUGAAUGACCGUUCUCUUGUGGAGGAGAUCCAACAGUACCUGAGAUCAGGAAGCCUCUCCACGGGUAAACUCUCUACGGCUCAGUGGUCGGCUCUGGUCUUUAUCUUAUUGACUUCAGACGAAGACUUGGCUCUGUUUGACCUAAAGAAAUAUUCUGCUGAAGAAGACACUCUUCUAAAACUGCUUCCAGUGGUCAAAGCCUCGACCAGAGCCCUACUGAGUGGCUGUAACCUCUCUGUCAGAAGUUGCGAAGCUCUGUCUUCAGUUCUCAGCUGUCAGUCUUCCAGCCUGAGAGAACUGGAUCUGAGUAACAACAAGCUGCAGGACUCAGGAGUAAAAAAACUUUCAGCUGGAUUGGAAAGUCCCAACUGUAAACUGGAGAGCCUUAGCCUUACAGGUUGCCUGAUCACAGAGGAAGGCUGUGCAUCUCUCGCCAAAGCUCUGAGCUCUAACCCGUUCCACCUGAAAGAGCUGGACCUCAGCUACAAUCACCCAGGGGACUCAGGAGUGAUGCUUCUGUCUUCUAGGGUGGAAGAUCCACACUGCAAACUAGAAAUCCUCAGAGUGGACCAUAUUGGCAAGCAGUGGUUAAAACCUGGUCUGAAGAAGUAUUUUUGUGAACUGGAACUGGAUCCAAACACGGUUAGCAGAAAGCUGCUACUGUCUUACAACAACAAAAGGGUGAACAUUGUCGACGAGGAGCAGUCGUAUCCUGAUCAUCCAGACAGAUUCGAGUGGAAUCAACUUCUGUGCACAAAUGGCCUGACUGGUCGCUGUUACUGGGAGGUGGAGUGGAGUGGGAGAGUCCUGGUAUCAGUGAGGUACAGACGGCUCACACGGAGGGGUCUCAGCAGCGACUGCUGGUUUGGAGGAAAUGAACUGUCAUGGAGUCUGAGGUGCUGCGACGAUGUCGGUUACGCUGUCUGUCACAACAACAUUAUGACAGCCGUCCCUAUUCCUGCCUCAUGUCUCUCACACAGAGUAGCGGUGUAUUUGGAUCAUCCUGCUGGAACUCUGUCCUUCUACAGAGUGUCCUCCGGGAAUCUGACGCACCUUCACACCUUUAACGCUACCUUCACUGAGCCGCUAUACCCUGGCUUUGGAUUCUGGUUUGAGUCCUCAGCUUCACUCUGCUCUCUGUGAUGAUGGUACUAUUCGGAAAGGAAAUUCCACUUCAAGUAUCUGGUCUAAAGCUACCUUAUAUUACUAGCACAUUAACUUAAACAAAUUAAUAAAUUAAUGGUAAAAUGAGCAAUAUUUAUAGCACAUUAUUAAAUGGAGUGACUAUUGGCAUGUGUCAUGAAACGCGGACAGAAGGACCCAGUAUUCAAGGAG